AUGGCCGCCAUACAGCAACUGCGAAUAGCCUCAGUUUUCUCUUCCCUCUUUCCGAGAAUAGCCUCGAGCAGCUUCAACUCCUCUUUCCGAUUGACUGCCAUCUACACACAACAAGCGCAAAAAUCGCCACUGCCGUUGUUACCCGAGCUCGCUAUCGCCAUCCCCGCUGCCAUCUCAAGAAUACCCGAGCUGUUAGGUGAUAUAUGGGAAGGGAUACUCCGAGCAGUGCCCAAGAAAAAGACAUCACAUAUGAAGAAGAGACAUAGGCAGUUGGCAGGCAAGGCUUUGAAGGAUGUUACAUCACUUAACAGGUGUCCAGCUUGUGGGAAGGUAAAGAAGAUGCACACACUAUGCCCCAGUUGCAUGGCUCAUCUUGGAGCUGGACCAUCAUCAACCCCACCACUCCCUCUAUACAACAGCUUCAAGGAAAUCCACACCUAUGGGUCGGUAGCAAUCAUGUCGAAGCAGUAUCUCACGACACAUACCAUCGACAAUGCACAUAUAACCGACAUAUUUUCUCUUGCGGCUACUCCUACAGCCCUCCUAUCCGCUAGCGGCUCUUCAACGAUACAUAUACACGCCACCACACAACCUAACAUCCCUCUUGGCCAAUCUCUCACGGGCGCACACAAGCUCGGCUGUCACCACAUCGCCGUUUCUAAGGAUGGGAAGAUCGCAGCUUCGGCAGGGUUUGGCGGCGAAGCAAAAAUAUGGAAACUUGCUGAGUCGGGUAGUGACUGGGAACCGUAUGGGGAAUUAGAUACCGCUAAGGGUUCAAGCAAAGGGGUCGGUGAGGUGUGGGCUAUCGCACUCAGCGAAAACGGCCAGUACCUGGCUUCUACUACCUAUGAUGGGCGGGUCAAUGUCUGGGAUCUCUUAGGUGAUAGGUCGGAAAGAUUACGAGAGUAUGAAACUGGCAACUCUGGUUCCGGUUCCUUUGGCCUUUGCGUAGACCUGAGUCCCGAUGGCAAGUACACGGCGUCUGGUCAUCAAAAUGGUGCUGUCUAUGUUUUCAACAAUGACACAGGCCGGUUGCAGUACUCGCUUCCCGGACUUGUCAAGCCAAUCCGAACCGUGGCCUUCUCGCCAGCCGGAACGCGACUAGCUGCCGCCGGCGAUGCAGGUGUCAUUGCUGUUUACGACACUAAACAUGGUGAACACGUUGGUAAUUUGACUGGCCACACGGCGUGGAUCACUUCUAUUGACUGGAGUGAUACGGGCGAGUACUUACUCAGUGGCGCCUUUGAUGGCAAAGUAAAGGUGUGGUCAAUUGACAGAGGCGUAUGUGUAGCGACACACAGCGAGACAGAGAAGGCUAUCUGGGCCGUCAAGUGGUUACCUAAAACGGGACGCAACGAGAUGUUCUGCAUAGCCGGUGCCAACAGAAGCCUGACCUUCUAUCGUGAGGCGACUGGGAUAUAGAAGAGUCAUUACAUCUACCCAUCUAGAUUUGAUGAAGUCACUUGCUUAUCUGGCGUUCAGAGAUGGGAAUGGGAAAACGGGAUGCUUUUGUUUUACAGAAUCAUUUGC